AUGAAAGUUGUUGAGGAUCAGGUUGUUGAAGAUGAAGCAAGCUUUCAAGAUGAUGAAGAAUCCUUCUUCCAAGACAUCGAUCUCCUACAGAAGCAUGGGAUUAACAUGGCGGACAUUAAAAAGCUGAAAUCGGUGGGGAUUUGCACCGUGAAGGGGAUCCAGAUGACUACACGCAAAGCUCUGUGCAACAUCAAGGGCUUGUCGGAGGCAAAAGUGGAAAAAAUCAAGGAAGCUGCUGGAAAAAUGCUGAAUAUUGGUUUCCAGACGGCCUUUGAGUACAGCGCCAAGAGAAAGCAGGUGUUCCACAUCACAACUGGGAGCCAGGAGUUUGACAAACUGUUGGGUGGAGGAAUAGAGAGUAUGGCUAUUACAGAGGCCUUUGGAGAGUUCCGCACAGGGAAAACACAGCUGUCCCACACACUUUGUGUCACUGCACAGCUGCCAGGCGAGGAUGGAUACUCAGGUGGAAAGAUCAUCUUCAUUGACACAGAGAACACCUUUCGACCAGACAGGCUGAGAGACAUCGCUGACAGGUUUAAUGUGGACCAUGAUGCUGUGCUGGACAAUGUGCUUUAUGCCCGAGCCUACACCAGUGAACACCAGAUGGAGCUGCUGGACUUCGUAGCAGCGAAGUUCCAUGAAGAAGGAGGAGUGUUUAAAUUAUUGAUCAUCGACUCCAUCAUGGCUCUGUUUAGAGUGGACUUCUCCGGUCGUGGAGAGUUGGCCGAGCGGCAGCAGAAACUGGCCCAGAUGCUUUCGAGGUUGCAGAAGAUCUCUGAAGAGUACAAUGUAGCCGUGUUUGUCACCAACCAAAUGACAGCUGAUCCUGGGGCGGGAAUGACAUUUCAAGCAGAUCCCAAGAAACCCAUCGGUGGGCACAUCCUUGCCCACGCCUCCACCACACGGAUCAGCUUGAGGAAGGGGCGUGGCGAGAUGAGAAUUGCUAAAAUAUUUGACAGUCCUGAUAUGCCUGAGAAUGAAGCCACCUUUGCCAUCUCAGGUGGAGGAGUUACUGAUGCCAAAGAGUGA